AUGAUUUUAUAUAUGUUCAUUGGCAGUACGGUAUCUAUUUUCACAAUUUGUGGAAACCUGCUUGUAAUCAUCUCCAUCAUUUACUUCAAACAGCUCCACACUCCUACUAACUACCUUAUUCUCUCUCUGGCUGUGGCUGACCUGCUUGUUGGGGCUUUAGUUUUGCUGUUCAACAUGGCACUGUCUGUUAAGUCAUGUUUGUAUUUUGGGGAUUUAGUUUACAGAUAUUAUGCUGUGUGUCAACCCUUGACAUAUAGAACCAAGAUAAAUGGACGUGUUGUUGUGAUCAUGAUCCUGGUGAGCUGGACUGUUUCUGCUCUAUCUGGAUUUGGCAUCAUAUUUGUAGGACUUAAGCAUACUACCUGUGAAGGAAGGUGUUUCAUAUUUCAUAUUCCAAAUUCAAAUACAAUUGGCUCUGUUGUCUCAUUUUACCUCCCAGUGAUCAUAAUGCUCUGUAUCUACCUGAAGAUUUUCCUUGUUGCACAGGGACAGGUACGCGCAUCCAGAACACAAAGUCUGGAGCAACUGAGUAAGAUGGAGAGAAAGGCCACUAAAACAUUGGCUAUAGUUAUGGGAGUUUUCCUUUUCUGUUGGACUCCUUUCUUUCUUUCUUUAACCUUUAAUCCUUUGACUAAUUAUUCAGUCCCAUCACCUCUCAUUGAAACUCUUGUUUGGCUUGGAUGGUCAAAUUCAAUGCUUAAUCCAUUAGUUUAUGGAUUCUUUUACAGCUGGUUUCGAGCUGCUUUCAGAAUGAUCAUUUCAGGACAAAUAUUCAAUGGCAAUUUCACAACCUCAAAGCUGUUAUGA